AUGUCUAAUUCCAAAGAAGGUUGGCUGAAAAUUAAGCUACACAAUCACACGAAAUGGCAUCGUCGAUUUUGUAUUAUUGAUUGGGAUAAAGCCGUUUUAUUUACAGCAUCAAAAGCUGAUACACGUUAUAGUGAUUGGAUUCAACUUUUAUCAACUAUUACUAUUAACGAUUUUGAAUAUUCUUUUCAUAAUGAGUCGAAUAAUAAUUUAACCAAUACUACAAUUGAAAUAGUUGCUGAUAAUGGAAGAGCGGCACAUUACUUACAAGCAGAAACAAAAAAAGAUUGUGAUAGUUGGCUAUUAGCAUUAAAGCAAGCUGCAUACAGUCGAGUUGGUGGUGGUAUUUUUGGUCAAUCAUUGGAAGAUACAUAUAGAUAUUCUCGAGACAAAAAUUCGCUUGUACCAUUAAUUGUCCGACAAUGUUGUGAUUAUUUACUUGAACAUGGUUUAACAUUUGUUGAUAACACAUCCCGUCCAUUAACAAUAAUCGGUGCUGAAGUAUCAGUUCGUAAAAUGGAAAAAUAUCCAUCUCGAAAAGGUUUUGCUAAUAAAUUUGGCAAAUCAUUAUCGAGUUUAAAAUCGAGUAUGUCAAAAGCAUUACAAUCUAAUACAUCGUCGAAUAAAAAUGAAGUUCAAACGAUUGAUUCAUCACCAUUACCAUCUAAUCAACAAAUUCCGAGAAAAUCAUUCGAUUCUCAAUCUUCAAAACAAUUACAAAACGAUGUCGACAUAUUAAAAGAAUUGUUAAAUAAAAAGGAAUCUUUACUUAUGGAAUUAACGAAAAAAUAUCAUGAAGAAUGUUUAAAAUUCGAUGAAGAAAAAUUUCAAUUAAACCAAAUAAUUCAGCAAUACAAAAAUGAAAAUAUUCAAUUAAAAAAGCAAUUAAAUACGCAAUAA